AUGUAUUUCAUCCUUCACUUUUUGGUUUCUUUCUCUUUCUCUCUUCAGCUCAUCCAUCCUAUUUACAAAAACUCUCUCCAGCUUAGCAAUUUCAAUCUUGAAAGUAAGAAUUCUAAAGCCCUAUUUAUUUAUUCAUUCAUUCUCCUUUCGAGUAUUUUCAAAGACUCAGUGAAUUAAUUGGCAGUUUGA